CAUCACUUUUGUUUUUUUUCUUGUGCAAGGAGCACGCCAAAACUUACAAAUUUAUCUCCGCCAUUUUCUCUUUUGAGGCGCUUUUCUUCCGCUGGUGUACAUCGAUCGAUUAAAAAGUGAAAAUCUCUUAAUUCUAUACAAAUUGUUUUGCAACAUUUUGAGUGCAAAAUUAUUGCUGGCAUUUGGAUAAAUACUUUACAUUAAUUACAUUCAUAUAAAGAAAUGGAAUUUGAGGACAACCAACAAUCACAAGUCGGAGAUAAUUCGGAAAAUGGUGGAGACAGUGCUGGUGGUGGUGGCGGCGGCAGUAACAAUGACCAAGGAGGAGACAACCGAGAAAAGGAGCGUGACCGCCGUGGGCGUGGAGCUCGUGGAACUCGAUUUUCUGACGCCGAUGGUGGCAAUCGAGAACGUAGCCGUGAGAAGCGCAAUUGCCGGGUUUACAUUUCAAAUAUUCCCUACGACUAUAGGUGGCAGGAUUUGAAAGAUCUUUUCCGCCGCAUCGUCGGAAGUGUAGAAUAUGUGGAACUCUUCCAUGACGAGAGUGGUAAGGCCCGUGGCUGUGGAAUUGUGGAGUUCAAAGACCCCGAUAAUGUCGAAAAAGCUCUUGAAAAACUUAAUCGAUACGAGAUUAACGGCAGAGAGCUGGUAGUCAAGGAAGAUCACGGCGAAAAUCGCGAUCAGUUUGGACGCAUCAUUCGUGACGGUGCUCCAUCUGGCGGUGGUGGUGGUGGAGGAGGUGGCGUUGGUAACCGCAACGACCGCAUGGACCGCAGCUUCAACAGACGCAACGAUGAUGACAGACUAUCUGGGCGUAAUCAUAACGUUGGUAAUAUGAUGAUGUCUAACGAUUAUAAUAAUGCGUCUUACAAUUCUUAUGGUCUGUCUGCUUCGUUUUUGGAGAGUCUUGGAAUAAAUGGACCUUUGCAUAAUAAAGUUUUUGUUGCUAAUUUGGACUAUAAAGUCGAUUCGAAAAAACUUAAACAGGUGUUUAAGUUGGCUGGUAAGGUUCAAAGCGUUGACUUGUCCAUGGACAAAGAGGGCAACAGUCGUGGCUUUGCUGUUAUUGAAUAUGAUCAUCCAGUUGAAGCCGUACAAGCCAUUUCGAUGCUUGACCGCCAAAUGCUUUUUGAUCGUCGUAUGACUGUUCGUUUGGAUCGUAUUCCAGAUAAGGGUGAAGGACUAAAAUUACCCGAAGGUUUGGGUGGAGUUGGUAUUGGUCUAGGACCCAACGGCGAGCCAUUGAAGGAUGUAGCGCGUAAUAUACCAAGUAUAACUAAUCAACAGCCAAAUCAGCAGCAACAGCAGCAAGCUCCACAAAUGUCUUCUAAUGCGGGAAACAUGAAUCUGGGCGGUGGUAUGUUUAAUAACUCCGCCCAACCCGCUCCAGUAGCACCAGUUUCAGUUAACAAACAACCAGGUAGCGGCAAUUUAUUAGGUCCAUCGGGUGGCUUGAACCUUAGCAAUUUGUCUUCCUCAAAUUUGGCAGCUUUGACUAACGUCGUCGGAGGACUUGGAGCGGCGUUGUCAAAUCCAUUGCUGACUAGUAGUCUUUCCAACUUGGGCUUGAACCUUGGUCAAGCACCUAUUACUCCAAACAAUGAAGACUCCAUGUCGACAGCAACAGCUCUUACAAACAACUACAGUACAGGCAACAACUACAGCUCGGCCUACGGUGGGUCUUCGGGUUACAAUUUGGGAGGCGGUGGUGGAGGUGGCGGUAAUGGUGGUGGCAAUGUCGGUGUCGGUCCAAGUGGCAACUUUGACAACUUGCGCAAUGCAUACAACAGUGGAGUUGGGCCACAAGACAACAACGACUACAAUUCCGGCUCAAACUUGGAUAUGUAUGGCGGAGGAGGAGGAAAUCAAAACCCAUUAGGUGGAGGAGGUGGUGGUGGUCGCAAAUCUGACACCAUUAUCAUUAAAAAUAUUCCAUUGAGUUGCACAUGGCAAACAUUGCGGGAUAAAUUCCGUGAUGUUGGGGAAGUCAAAUUUGCAGAGAUCCGUGGAAAUGAUGUUGGAGUCGUACGAUUCUUUAAGGAGCGAGAUGCUGAAUUGGCAAUCGCACUUAUGGACGGUUCGCGGAUGGAUGGCAGAACUAUUCAAGUCAGCUUCUUUUAAUUUUAUCAUAAUAAACAAACAAAUUAAAAUAUUAUAAGAAACAUAACAAAUGAAUUGAUGGCAUAUUUUGCAAGAAAAAGGACAGAUUUUUUCCUUCUUUCCACAACAACAAAAAAAGUAAUAGUAACUGUUAUGAAAUUAAAAUUUUACAAAUUUUAACGUUUUGAUUUUUUUGUUUAAUUUAAAAUGCCAACAAAAAAUAUUCACGACUAUUUAUAGACACUUUAAUUAUAAAAAUAACCAUAAGUUAUACAGAUGAGAUCAUAAUAAAACAAAAGUAAAAUAUACAGCUACUUUAUUACAUAAAUAGUAUUGUAUAACUGACUUGUAUUUCAAAAAAUCAUUAAAAAUAAAUAUGUACUUAUGUUUAAUUUAUUUUAA